CACAAAUAGAUAUACAUGCACGUACACAAUAGUUUAUACUCUAAACAAAGAGGAGGACCAAGUGCCACAAAAUCAGGUGAAAAUGAAAAUAAAGACUUUAAUCCGGGCUGCGGCUUUGCAACAUUCAGACAAUCUUUUGCACCUCUCUACUCAUCUGUUCAGGUAAGCCAAGUUCUGAAGAUGGGGCAUCUCACGUUUGUGGCUGUGAUGGCAGUGCUCUUCACUCUCUUCAAUGAAACUGAAGCAAGUGCAUUUGUUUAUAACUAUGAAAGGCUGCGAAUUGCAGGCCUGAUUUGUGCCGGCCUUUUAGUCAUCGGAGGAGUUGGUAUUUUACUGUACAACAAGUGCUCCAGACGCUCCAACAAAGACGAUGACAGUGAAAUCUGAUAUGGAACCUGACGAACCGGUUUCCUUGUGGGAGAAGCUCGAGCAGGCAGGACAUGGGUGGAGUGGAAAUAAAGGGUGGGUGGACAUUUGGAGGAAACGCGCCAUCUUGGGUAGAUCUGCACAUUUCGGGGUCGGGGGGAGAAUUGGUAAAGAAGUCUGAUGUGUUGUUUGUCUUAAGGUGCAAGAUCUGAAUAAUAAAUGAUCCCUGAAUUGUU